CUCGAGAAAGCUUGGGCUGGGGGAAUCCGAUCCGUCGAUCCAUCUACUAACCAACCUUUUGCCUACAGACACCCGAACCGACCACAUGCGCACAACCCGCAAGCCUGCCACCGCUACCACCAUCCAGGUAUCGAUCUCCCUCCCCGCCUCCGACAGGACAGACCGCUCUCUACAUGUCUGCCGCCGCCUAGUCCGACGCCUUACCAAGAACCGUCCCGGCCGCCGCCACCGUCGCCGCCGCUGCUGCCCAGCCCAGAGAAGCAAAAGAAACACCAGCCCCAGAUGGCUUCGCCUUCCCAUAACCGCUACAGCAGUCCGCAAAUAGACGACGACGAGCUGAUCGACCCUGACGAUGCCGAUCUCAACGACUUCGACGACCCGCUAUCGCAGCGGGAGCCUUUGACCGGAAACAUUGGUUCGUCCUCCGCCGCCGCCGCCUCUUCGGGCCCGUCCUCGUCGCGCGGCGGCCUCGAUGGCGGCUACUUGACGUCACGCAUCCCGGGGGAGGACCGGCGGGCGCCUCAGAGCACGAUCGACGAGUCGGUGUGGGAGACGCUGCGGCGUGACCUGCUCGCCGUCUGGUCCAAAAUGCGCGAGGUCCUGUGGCCACGCUACCUCUUCAGCGGCACCGUCUUCGAGAGCGCCGACGGUCUCCGCGGCGCCUACGCGAACUUGCGCGGCGCUGGGUUCGCCGGGGCUCGCGACGAGAUCGCUGGUCUCGCCGGCCGCGUCCUCGACCCCGAAAGCCUCCUCGGCACCGCCGGCGGCCAGAGCGCUAUGAGCCCCGGCCUUCGCGACUGGGACCUCUGGGGGCCCCUCGUGUUCUGUCUCCUGCUCUCCCUCCUGCUCAGCUUCCGCGCCAAGGACGACCAGCGCGAUAUCGUCUUCAGCGGCGUCUUCGCCAUCGUCUGGAUCGGCGAGGCCAUCGUUACGCUGCAGAUUAAGCUGCUAGGCGGUAAUAUCUCCUUCGCCCAGAGCGUGUGCAUCAUCGGCUACACUCUAUUCCCGCUGGUCCUCGCGUCACUAAUGUCCGCUCUCGGUCUGCCGACGAUCCCACGGAUCCCUGUCUACCUUGUGCUCGUGGCAUGGUCUCUAGCGGCCGGCGUCAGUAUCCUCGGCGGCAGUGGCGUCGUCAAGAAUCGCGUCGGCAUAGCCGUCUACCCCCUUUUCAUCUUCUAUCUCGGCCUCGGCUGCCUCUGCUUCAUCAGCUAAUCCGUGGCGACGGCGACGGCGACGGUAUCUCUGCGUGAUUCCCACCACCCCCAUUUUUCUAGGGGUUGCCGUCGAGAUAGAUAGGUAGUGAUAGCCAGGUAGCCCCACAGGAGGUAGAGAGGGGCCGCGACGGAAGUUGGCGGGUUCGUUGUUUGCAUGGAAACUUACAGACUCGGCACCUGUGUGUCUGUGUAUCAAAUUUCUCCUGGUGGUGGUGCUGCGUUUUUUUUUUCCCUAGGAUUCGAUGAUCCCACGCUGGCCGCCUGUCUGCCUGUAACCGUGAAGACUUAUAUGUACGUCGUUGUACGAUUAAAUAACUAUCACCCCCCCAGGUUCCCAAAAAACUAGAGAGGAAAAUGAGGAGGGAGACAUGGAGAAAGAUAGCGGGAAAGGCGGGCGUUACUACGGCGUAUGGAUGAUGGCUAUCGCGACAGUAGGAGUGAGUGAGAGACUUAGGGAGGCAUGAACCGGAAGAUUUUGUUACGACGCUUCAUCCAUCGAUCCAGCUAUUCUUUCAAUCACUGGGGGCGCGUAGGUUUCGUGAUUAACCAGCAAUGAAUCUCGGGCUUGUCUAUUUAAAGCGGUCGGCCCGUUCUCCCGACAGUUUUUGUU